GGUUUUGUUUGGCCAUUUCACGCCCAAUCUUUUGUAUAAUUGAAAUAGAAAUAGAAUGUUUAGAUGAGUGCUCCAUGAUCCAUCCAUGGUAGGAAUAGAAUAACAAGUUAGAGAGAGAAAGAAAGUAGAGAGAGAGUGUGUGUAGUACUAAAUAUUUUUGGCAGAUAAAACAAAGCUUGCAUGAAAGCUAUAUCUCAUUGGUCACUGCCGUGUAGUUCCAUUACACCUGUACGCAGACCUCGCAUUCUCUCUCCUUUUUCACUCUCUCUCUCUCUCUCUCUCUCUCUCUCUCUCCUCUCUGCUUCAAAUUCUACCGACAUGGCUCCUAUCUAAUGGGCUCUCUCUCCUUAAGUGCAGCACCGGAUUUUACUAUUGGGGACUAGAUUGAACAAUCGAAUAUAAGUUAGUUGUAACUUGAAGGGUAUCUAUGACCAUGCACACUGUAUAUUUCAAAGAACAUGAAGGAAUUGUCCCAAAUCCCUUUGGGCCAUUGUCAUCGGUCCCGGUGCCUUGGUGGAGUGGACUUGGAUCUCCAUCGGCUCAUGGUGAAUCUUAUGGCCAAUUGAAGUCUUCAUCCAUGGCUGCAAGUGGAGACCAACUCACUGCCACCAAACAAGCGGAGCGGGGAACAGAGCAAGCGGUGGAAAAGGCAACUCAAUUUACUUUUCUUUCUGUUUCUCAUUCAGGUGAUAGCAAAAGUUCAUUGAACAGGCAAAAACCUCUGCAACUCCAGGCAGCCAUCUCUGUGCAAUCAUCUCCACCAGAAUAUCGAGGUCAUUUCGAGCUAGGAUUUAGUCAACCUGUGAUCUGUGCAACAUAUCCUUAUGGGGAUCAAUGCUAUGGAGUAUUCUCGACUUUUGGGCCUAUGGGCCGCAUUAUGUUGACCACUGAUGAUGGACCGAUAUAUGUCAACGCUAAGCAGUAUCAUGGAAUAAUCAGGCGCCGACAGUCCCGUGCAAAGGCAGAAUUGGAUAAUAAAGUGCUAAAAUCUCGUAAGCCAUACUUGCACUUGUCACGCCAUCUCCAUGCCAUGCGCCGACCUAGGGGCUGUGGUGGCCGCUUUCUGAACACAAAGACAUUGAACAGUGGUAAGGAUGGAACUGACACAAAAAAGAUGGGAGAUGGACAACUUUCUCAGUCCACUGGAUCUCAGAAUUCUGAAGUUCUGCAAACUGAUAGAGGAAAUAUGAACUCACCAAAGGAAGCAAAUGGAAGCAGGUCAAAUCUUUCUGGUUCAGAGGUGACUAGUAUGUACUCAAGGGGAGAUUUUGGUCAAUUCCGAAUCAGUCAUCUCCAGCCAUCUGUCUACUCUCUGUGUGAUAUGAUGAAUGCUGGGCAUGGUAUUGCUAUGGCCAGUAAAUGGGUUGCAGCGGCAGAUAGCUGCUGCAACCUCAAAGUUUGACAGCAAGGGGAGGGUGGGGCUGGUGUCAAGUUGUUGACACCAAACCCCAUCCUUGCUGCAACCAAAUGGAGAAGCUCUGUCGCAUUUUCUGUUAUGGAUAUUGCGACUGGUUUCGGUUCAAAGGAUGGUCCCACCACCAUUUGGUUGCUGUCAAAAGGCAAAUCAUUCUUGGCUCUGCUGCAUUAAGGUUGUCUUUGUCAUUCCAUGCAAUCCUGCAUUCUUGGGGUGUUUAGAGAUGCUUGAGCCUUAAUGCAGUUUUAAAAAAAACUGGACAAGCUGAUAAAUGGGUUUGUUCCCAUUUCUUAAAUAAGACCAUAAAGGUCUGCAUCUCGUGUUUGUGAUAUAGAAAGAUGUUGAAAGUAUGGUGUUGUUGAAGUUUGGUGUAUACAGUCUGGAUUUCGAACCUUUGGUGAUGUAAUGUAUCUCUGUUGCUGUCAAAAGGCAAAUCAUUCUUGGCUCUGCUGCAUUAAGGUUGUCUUUGUCAUUCCAUGCAAUCCUGCAUUCUUGGGGUGGUUAGAGAUGCUUGAGCCUUAAUGCAGUUUUAGAAAAAAAAAAGCUGGACAAGCUUAUAAAUGGGUUUGUUCCCAAUACUUAAAUAAGACUAUAAAGGUCUGCAUCUCGUGUUUGUGAUAUAGAAAAAUGAUGGAAGUGUGGUGGUGUUGAAGUUUGGUGUGUACAGUCUGGAUUUCGAACCUUUGGUGAAGUAUUGCAUCUUUCGACUUGUUAGUUUUAUCAUCUCUAA